AUGGCGGCUGGACGUGGGGAGUUUUUUCGGAGUUUCUUGGAGGGUUUGGAGCGGAUACCCGGCCAGUCGUCUCCGUGUAGACAACCUAGAGACACGCCGGUCGCCGGUCGCGGUAGAGGAACGCCGGGUACGGCUGGAGGGAAAUCGGGUCCGGGUAAAAGAAAAAAGGGCGGACAGAGGAGGAAGAAUCGGCUAAAGGAGAUGCCGAGCUCCGUUAGCGGAAAUAGCUACAGAUCAGAGGAUAAAAAAACGGAUUUUAACAACAAGAACUUGAUGGAAAGGCUGCCGUACGAGAUUCUGCUCAAGAUUCUGUCGUACCUGGACGCCUCCUCGCUGUCUUGCAUCAGCCACGUCAGCAAGCUCUUCUACCGGCUUUCCAAUGACGAUGUUAUGUGGCAGAGGAUUUACAUGUCAGAGUUUGAAAAUCAAACGUGGAAGUUGAAGUUGUGGUCGGGUGAUGUGGCGACAAAGGUUGACCCAGCGGCGGUGGAGGGUCGCUCCACGGGCCACUGGAAGAGGAUGUACUUUAGGACAAUGGCUGGAAAGGAAAUGAAGAUGUGGAGCAGAGAGAUGAAAGACGUCAGCCCCUACACUGGUUUACCCAAACAGACAGAGUGGGUCCUCAGGAGCCUGAAUGUGAGCUGGGAGCUGACGGUCUCAGAUUUUGGGGGGCACGAGAUCACAGUGAAGCAGAGCCGAGUGUUUUUCUUUGAGUCGUCUGUGAUCGUCCGCUGGAACGGAGGAAUGCUCCCCAAAUACCAUAAAAUAAAAAACAUCCAGCUGUUUGGAGUCAGGCAGGACACACUGAAGAGCAGGCCCGGCUGGCGCUCUCUGAUCGUAGAGCUGGACAAGAGGGGUCCGCGUGCUUACUGCAUUGGCAAAGACAAACUAAUCAAACUGAUGCACCUCCAGCCCGGCUUCAUCGUAGGCGUCUGGAGGGGUCAGGACGGUGUGGCCUUCAUCAUGGUCAGUCUGCACUUCCACAGGCUGGUGGAGAGGAGUCUGCUGGGAUCCCCGGUCUGCCCGUACUCUGAGCCUGACGUCUCUCCUCUCAUGGAUAAUUUGGACCCUGAGUUUGGUCUGCACGACUACACUCUGCACAUUGUCCUGCACAACACGGGCACCGAGAUCAUGUCGGGACAUUUCCGCCAGCUCUCCUGUAACACAGCUCAUGUCCAGCGAGGACUGCUGGAGAUGAGGGUCAUCAGCAGGACCAACUUGUCCCAACACAGAUCGCUGUCUGGGAACAUCACGCUGCCCUGGACGAGCGAGGAGCUGCAGGGCUCAGUGGAGAAAUGCUGCAUCAUAACGCUGACUCUGCUGGACGAGCUCCAGAAGCCCUUCUGGUGCUUCAGCUCGCCCACCGUCAUCACGCCAGCGAAGAAGUGGCUGUCGUUUGACUACGGCGGCGAGCACUUUGUGAUGAAUUUCUACAACUCUGACGGGAAGGUGAAGCUGGAGCUAGUCUGGUUGAAGGAGCAGAGGCAGUUCUUCAUCAUCAGCCUCACCGUCUUCAUUUCUGUCUUCAAAGUCAACAAGCAUUUCAGCACGGUGUACUGA